AUGCGUUCCAACACUGUGAUUCUUGCUGCCUUGCCAUUGGUGGCUUCGGCUGCAUCGACGUCUGGCAAUUGGGGCGGAGGCGUGAAUUACUCGAAGAUUUUUGGUGGCGGACUGUCAGCGAAUGCGAGCAUCCACUAUCCAGGCCAGCCUGACUAUAAUACCACCACAGUCCAGCGCUGGUCGACUUGGGCAGAGCCGACUUUCGCGGUGACCAUCAAGCCUGCCACCGACGAAGACGUGCAGUACAUCAUAAGAACUGCCAACAAAUAUAACCUGACUUUCCUUGCUACUGGUGGUGGUCAUGGCGGCGAAACGGGCUUUGCUACCGUGAAGCACGCCGUCAACAUUGACCUGUCAAACUUCAAAGAGAACGUCCUUGACCUGGAGGCUAAUACACUGACCGUCGGCCCUGGAAACUCCUUUUCUGCCUUUGAAACCAACCUAUACAACGCGGGAAAGAUGGUUCCUGUUGGCAAUGCGUUCUGUGUUAACAUGAUUGGCGCCACCAUCGGCGCAGGCGUAGGCCCCUAUCAGGGUCUCCACGGUCUAGUCAUCGAUGCCCUGCGGUCUGUCCGCCUAGUCACUGCCAGCGGUGAUAUUGUCACGGCAUCCGACGAGGAGAAUCCCGACCUCUUUUGGGCGGUGCGAGGCGCCGGUGCCAACUUUGGUAUUAUCACCUCAGCAACGUACGAGAUUUUCGAUGCCCCUAAUAAUGGCAAUGUGGUCCUGGCUGAGUUUGCAUACCCUGGUUCCGUCAAUGGCUCGCUCUGGCAGCUGCUGGAAUCAUGGGGUGAGACCUAUCCAAAGGAAAUGGGCCUUACUAUGUCGGCCUCUUAUAGCCAGACAACCGGAACGACUUCUUCAUCUGCCUCCUUGACCUACUUCGGGACCCAAGAAGCCGCCCAGCCAUGGAUCGAUCAACUGCUUGCUCUGAACCCCACGCAGUGGCGUAACGCGACCCUUCCGUGGAGCGAGGUCAGCCAAAACUCCGGCUUUGGCACAGGCGCCAGCGUUUGUGCCACCGGAAAGUAUAACAACCAUCCGUCUGUCGGCGCUAAGCAGACGUCUGUUUCCACCUACAUCGAGGUGUUCAACCAGUACGUGGAGAUAAUGAAGGCCAGGCCGUGGCUCACUAGCGCCCUUGUCGUCCAGCGGUUCAACACGACGGCGACUCUCGCGGUUCCAGAGAGCAAGCGGGGUGUCUAUCCUGGACGUGACUUCAGCUCCCUCAUCAUCCUCGAAAACUACUAUGAUGGCCCGCGUCACGACGCCGACGUCUACCGCUUCAGCAAGAAGCUGCGCAGUCAGCUAGUCGCCACUAGUGGAUUUGACAGUUUGCAAACCUAUAUCAACUACGCGCACGGCGAUGAAGGCCCGGAGGUGUGGUAUGGCAAGGAUAACCUUCCCAGGCUGGUACAGUUGAAGAGACAGUGGGAUCCAGAGGGCAAGUUUGGGCCGGGCAACCCCAUCCCCCUGGCUUAG